UUCUCUCAUGUGAUUUUGUUUACAUUUUUGUUAUCAACAACUUUCUAAUUAAUUAGUUAAUAAGGGUCUUCAUUUUUUUCUUAGUUAAAUGUUGACAACUAAAAUAAGUGCCUCAAUUAAAUGAUGGAUUCUUCCUCUAACAGCCUGGAAGGCUGGGUCGCCGUUAAAAGAAACAUUUUCAUGCGUGAAGGUGACAUUGACUUUGGUGACUCGAGUAAGAUCAAAUUUCUUGUUGCUUAUAAUCAAAUUGAGCAAAAAUUAGCGAUAACUUGUACUCAAGGAAGUCGAAAAGCGAGUGAUGUUAAACCUAAAUCAGUGGCCUCUUUUAUCAGUGUUCAAGCCUUGAAAGGGAUUCACAAUCAGUUGAGAAUCGUUUAUCCUGCUCUUGAUGGUCAUUUCCCAGCCAAUCUCGAGUCAACGGAAGGUUUUUUACCUUAUCUAAUGUCAGCAUUUAGUUAUUACAUUUUAAGGAUACCGGAAGAAGUUGACUUGGAAACAUGUAAUGCGAUUGAACAAUAUCUUGAGGUCGCAAUGUCCAUGGCUGGCAAAGGUCUUCUUUUGGCUCUUUUAUUUGAUGAUGAUGAAGAUCCAUUAAGUGACUUCGAAGAGGAUAUUCAAGAGAUGAGAUUGACAGGGUUUGAGAACGUAGUUAAAGGAUGUUACACCGAUCUGGAAGAUGUUCUAAGGCUUAGAACUCGAGCUAAAAACAUGAAAGAAUUGGCUAAAAUAUGGAAGCUUGAAGAUAAGGUCAUAGCAAGUUUGUCUGUUGCAAUUUCUGAAAAAUAUAAUUUUCAACUUCAACCGUUUCUUCAACUUCGGGAAAUGGCUCAUAAUCAUAUUAAACAAGCCAAAGAACGUCUUAGUGAUCCAGAUUUUGGUAAUCGAGUCAAAAUUCUUGCCAGAAAAGAGAUCGAGGAAUUUAAUGAUCAGUUUUUAAGUGCCAAUGGAGCCUUACAGCAUCUUUACCAAGAAUAUUAUCGAAAAGUUGUUGAUAUCAUCUCAGGUCAAAUGAUUCGUAUCAAGGAGGAUGAACAACGAUUCGGCAAAAAUGGUUUCGACCUCGAAGAUGGACCAUUGAGACUUCUCAAAUUACAAAUAAACCAUAGCCAAGAGAUCAUCAAACUUAGAAAUACAGUUAGGGUAACAAAAGAGUAUAAUCGGGAUCAAUUGAGAAAAUAUCUAAAAUCUUUGGAUCAAGAUUCUGAUAAGUCAUCGUCCGAACACGAACUGAAAAGAACUGAGCUCGAUAUCAUCAACACUCGACUUGAGAUUCUUGCUGAAGAAGAGAAGUUGAUCAAGAAAAAACUUGAUUUACUCGCGAUGCAAAAUUCAGACGAAAUUUCCGAUAGCGAUUUAUUUCAUGACGCGGUUGAAGAAACUCAAGACCAACUCGAGGAAGAUUGUCCAACUAAUAUUGGAUCCGACAAAAUAAAAGCGAUCGAUAUAUUGAAAGUUGAACGUCAAUCUAUUGCUCGUCGACGAGCUCAUCUUCGUAAUAAAAAGGCACUUCUACUGACAGAAUCUAAAGAAGGACAAUCUAUCCAAGAAAAUGAAGCAGAUGACACACAAUCUCAAGUAGGAAGUCAAAGUGAUUCUACUACUAUUCGAGCUUCCACUCGAAGAUUAAGUCUAUUAAGUAUUUGUAGUGAUGAAGAAAAGCAACGAGAAGAAGCUCACAAAAAGAUUCGUAAGAAAACUUUACAAAGAUUGAAAGCCUUUCGUAUGCGAAGUCAAAAGUUCUGUGAUGAAGGUGAAUUCUUUCAAGAAAAAUCAUUGGAACAUGAUGAAAGAUUACCACCUUAUCCAUGGAUUCAUAGUGUUGCAGCUUCUGGUGAUGGAUCAUUACCACCGCCUCCAGAUGAUGUUCACCAACCUGAUUCAUUCCAAGAAAUGAAAUCAAUGUAUAAUAUUGAAAAUUUUCCACCUCAAUCAAGUCUUUCAGAUGAAACUACCAAGUCCAAAACUAUUGUAGAUAAAACUCCGGCUGCUUCAUCUUUCUAUGUUCAGCUGAACUCACCUCCGAAUAUUCCUCCACCUCCUCCUAAUUGCCCUCCACCACCACCUCCUCCACCUCCUCCUCCUGCUCCAUUCGUCUCCCUGACAAAGCAUCAGCGUGAUAAAGCAUUUGUAUCAUGCAUGGAAAAAAGUUUUCGAGGCAAAUCACAGAUUGAAGAGAAAAUUGAUUCAUCAUCUUCAACAAUUAAUCUCAACGAUAUACUGAAUGCACGUGGAAAAUUGAAAAAAUGCGAACCAAUAACAAAAGAGAUAAACGAAGCGAGUCAAGUUGCUCAAAAUCUGAUGAACGCUUUGAAUAAGAUCAGAGCUGCUCGACGUGAUUCAGAUGAAUCAGAAGACGAACAAGAUAAUUCAAACGAUUUCGAUUGAAAAACUCCAAUAAUCGUUUUUUAUAUUUGAUACAAUUGAAAUCGGAAAGAGUUAGCAGCAUGAACACUUCAGCAUUUUCACCAUGUUUUGUUUAAUGCUGAUUUUCAUAUGAAUUCCGAUAAUAAUUUAGGAAAGAAAUCAAUGACUAAAUAGUUUUAAUCAUCUGAAAUGCGCUGAAGUACAGAGCAAAUGACGCACUGAAAUGGUCAAAUUUGGCAUAUAAGCGCUUUCUAAGAGCUCAAUCAUCAAUUAUUGUCUAAUUUGAUAAAAAAAAGUAAAUUUAUAAUUAUUUUGUUUAAUUAGAAAUGUAAAAAAGAAAACAUUUGUAUUAUUUGUACACGAAAAUUGCCUAAUUUGAUUAUAUUGAUUGAUUAUUGACCUCGUCCAACACCAAUUCCUUUGAAUUUUGUUGGUUCGUUCAUUUUAACAAUCGCCCAUUAAAGAAAAAAUCACGAAUCACACCAAUUAA